CAAAAUCCCAUUUCUUUAAUUAAUAAUAAUUCAUUCCUCAGAAUUUUUAUGAGAUGGUCGUUGGCUGAGAAACACGACAGAGAGGAAGUAACCCCAGUCAAAAUCCCUCUCCAAACAAAGAUCCAAAACGAAAAAAUUGAGAUGAAUCACAUAGCUAAUUAUAGGAGAAGGCCACUUGCUCCCUACGUUUUUUGCUCUUUGGUGGAAGAAGAUCUAGGUGCGCGGAAUGUUGAUUUUGCUCUUCGGUGGUCUGCAAAUAGGGGAUACGCCGAAGAGACAUGGGUGGUAAAGGAAAGGCGGGGUAAAUGGUGUUUCAUUUUUUUUCGCUGAUAGGCUCCUAACCAAACACCCCAUAGUAUAGUAUGUGUAUUUUUUUGUCUUGCUAAACAUAAUGAUGAAAACAAGUAUCUAUCUAUUCAAAUUUUGACUUGGGUACAAUGUAAUUCCGUUGUAGCUCCG